AAAUUGGCUUGGCUACAAAGUAUCGAUAGGUCGCUAUAGGAGCCAAUCGUUGUAUUCAAGCGCUGCCAACUUCACCUGCGAGAGACAAGACAAGCUGUGAGCGUAAAUUAUUUAAGAAAGCGAAAUGAAGAAACAGGAAAUGAGCACCCAGAAAACAACUGCCGACAACUUCGACGCCUUCAUUGCGGACAUGGCCAGUCUCCACAUGAGCUCGGACGUAGAGUUCCUGGUGGAGGGUCAGCGCUUGCCGGGCCACCGCCAAGUUCUGGCGAAGCGCAGCGAGUACUUCCGCGCCCUUCUCUGUGGCAGCAUGCUUGAGUCGAGGCAACGAGAAGUUCGGCUUGAGGUGCCGCUUGAGCCUUUCAAGGCAAUCCUCGAGUACCUUUACACGGGCAAGCUACCUCUUUCCUCACUAGACGUGGAUAUGUUAAUCGAUGUACGCGAUUUGGCACAUUUUUACUGCUUGGGCUACGUAGAGACCCUUAUAACCGGAUACCUCCAGCAGAAGAUGUCCGUCAGCAACGUGUGCGCGAUCCUAAAUGCGGCCAAGCGCUGCGAUCUGGAGCAGAGCAUCGAAGAAUGCCAGACGUUCAUGGAUCAAAAUGCGUACGACGUACUCAAACAUGACUCCUUCCAAAUGCUCACCAAGCAAUCAAUUGAGGAAUUUCUGCGACGUGACUUUUUUAAUGUCCCCGAAGUAGACAUCUUUCGAGCAGUAUGGAAAUGGAGCGACAAAAAUCCCAGCGAGGACAUCAAGACAGUGGUCUCGCUCGUACGUCUCCCCCUCAUGAGUAUCGAUGAUCUGCUGCAUGUGGUGCGUCCUUCUGGCAUAAUCGAGUCGGACAAAUUGCUCGACGCCAUUGGUCAAGUGAACACCGGAACGAAUCUGCCCCACCGGACCGUCGUAUUGCCAUGUGAGGAUGUGGCAUCCGAAAAGCACCAUGCGCUCCGUUUUACGGACAACCCGAAUGAGCUAGUCAUCCAGCUGCGCGCGGUGUUUCUAAUAAACCAGAUAAGUAUUUGGAACUACAACUGCAGCCAUUCAGAAAUCCGCUUGGAGGUCUCAUGCGACCAGACUCACUGGGAUCAUGUGAAUAAGAUCAGCGCCGUCUGCCAUAUGUUGAGAGUUGGCAUUGCGAAGCGUGCCGUUCGGUACAUUCGGGUUAAAAGUUGUACAAGGUUGAAUCUCCGUGUGAUGGCCAGGUUGAUCAGAGCUGAAUACAGUUCACUUCUGACAACUCUUCAAAUAUAGUUUCCAAUGUUUAAAGAACAACAAUUUGGGCACCAGCUAAUAGGUGUAUAUGCUGAUACGAAAAAAAUCCACUUAAUUCAAAGCUUUUCUCACUUUCCUGUUUUUUAUACCCAAUGAUCGAGGUGUUUAGGGAUAUAUUAGUUUUUUGCUGGUUGUAUAUAACACCCAGAAGGAUGCGUUUUCCACCCUAUAAAGUAUAUAAAUUAUUGAUCAGCAUUAAUAGCCGAGUGAGAGAGAGAGAGAGAGACAGACAUUGCGGAAUAAAAAAGAGCGGUACAAUAAAAAUAGAUCAAAUAUAUUAAAAUUCGAAGAAAGUAGGUAGUAGGUGGAAAGCGCAUAAGCUAAGUUCAAGAAUUAACUAGCGGUCAUGGUUUCCCUCUGUCUCUCCAUGCUUAUCCCAUCUAUCAUGAAAUUGCGAGCAUAAUUGAGAGAGAUCGCGUAAGGAUAACAUCCCCCAGCUUUCAACAACAAAUCAAUACGUCCCUUUUACGAACAGCGUCCCUUGUGACGGGUCAAAACUUUCGCGCUCUUUGAUUUGAAAACGUCGCCAAAUCCCUGAAGCACUGCAGAUUUGAUUCACGU